GUUCUGCCUCGCGAUCAGCGAGCGCCGUGAACGCCGCUCACAUCAACCUUUCCACUCCACAAUACUUAUAAGCGAAUACAGGCACCUUCAAUACCUCGUUAGAAACUCGGUAAAGCAAUAUGAACCAUCUACCGCAAGCCUGGGGCCGUCCUAGAGACGAUGUGUACGGCGCUUAUGACCACUCAUACAUGCAGACUGGGCCGAAGCAACACACGCAAUCGCCCAUAGUUACCGGCACGUCAGUAAUAGCCAUCAAGUAUAAGGACGGUGUCGUCAUAGCAGCGGAUAACCUAGCAUCAUACGGCUCCCUUGCCCGUUUUACCGACGUCAAGCGACUUCGAGAAUUCAACUCGCGUGCUGUCGUCGGCUUUGGUGGUGACGUCUCUGACAUGCAAUACCUCGAUCGAUUACUUAAUUCCGUCUCCAUUCGCCAAAACUACGAAACACCGGCCUCUCAUACAGAAGAGGACGAGAAGUCACAACUUAGUGCUAAGAAUUUAUACACAUUCCUCUCAAAAGUGAUGUACAAGCGACGUAGCGAGUUCAAUCCACUGUGGAAUCAGUUACUCGUCGCAGGCCUCGACGACGAUAGCGCGCCGUUCUUAGCCUCAGUCGACUUGCUAGGCACCACGUUCAGCAGCCCAAGUCUGGCCACGGGAUUCGGUGCCCAUCUGGCGCAGCCGAUAUUGCGGAAGUAUGCGGCAGACGAGGAGGCUACGAAAACUUUGGAGAAGGACAAGGCCGUCGCGAUCGUAAAAGAGUGUAUGAAGGUGCUCUUCUAUCGCGAUGCUCGAAGCAUGGACCGGUACAGCAUUGCAACUAUCGGAAAGGAGGGCGUAGAGAUCAAAGUGGACGAGAAGCUAGAGAACCAAAGCUGGCAGUUCGCAGAACGGAUUAAAGGCUAUGGCACGCAGACUGUAUGAAAUCCUGGAGCUGUUCCUAUGUGUUCAAAGCAUGUACACGUGGCGUUCGGAUUAGGAGCCAUUGCAUGUAUGGGAUAAGAAAGAUACAGUCGCUCCAAUACCGGAGUCAAGAAUAAUGGAAGAACCCCUUACUUCCUGCACAGCAACACCAUCACCGAUAUACCUGUUUUGACUUCUGUAACAUGUGCUCUUGGGAAUCAUCGCCACCUACGCUUGAAGGACUUCUACAGGGAAAGAGUUGAAUGUUCUACUAGCGAAAUCUUUAAUCAAAUCUCUAAUCUUUCUCUGUGAA